AGAGGAUCGAGAAGAAAGAAGGCAAGGACGAAGAAGCGAGCGUGCUCAGGCUAGUCCGAAGCCUUGGUCAUCGCAGCCUCCCUUUCGCAUCGAUCUGCUCUCUGCUGUGCGCAUUGUUUUUUGCGCUGUUCGUCUCAUUCCUUCCGCCUCUCGCCAGAAGUCCACCAACAGCUUAAGUCAUGGAAACAACGAAUAGCGGGAGCGCGUUCCAGUCUUCGGAGGUGUUUCUGACAGCCCAAUCGGGUCUGCCCGAAGCCAUGACUAUGAUGACCAUGAACGUAUCAUCUAUGUACUCGGAGCAAAAAACUGGCGAGCACACUUCGAUAUUCGAGGAAGCGCUUAAGGGCCAAAAACCAGGGAACUUCGUGAUGGCGACCGUGCUGAGAAUAGCACUUGUUGGCGUCUUGAUCUACCAGUCCAAGGCGGUCAGGCAGUGCGUGUGCCUCUCAAUCCCGUUCCUGCUCUUGCUGCUCGUGUGGCUGCUCAUCUGGCUGGCGAUGCCCAAGGCGGAAAAGAUGACGACUACCACCGCGAGUGCCGAAACGUCCAUAGUCGCUUUCGACACCACGACGAAAAGCGACGACGAAAAGCGAGGCGGCCAAACGACGAAAAGCGAGGCGGCCAAUGAGACGGCCCUGUUGGAUGGUUUCGAUGCGCUCUCUCUGCUAAGCGACAUGACGGUGCCAAACCAUGUUCUGGACAUAGACUCAUUCCCUGAAUGACCGUGUCAUUUUGAACGCUCGUAUCGCGAUGGCCUGGUGCAAUAACGCAUACUAUUAUAAUCAUCUGAAGACCUGUUCCUUCAACGUUAUUAUACCACAGUUCUUUCUGUGACUGGAAACACUCGGCAAAGAGCCUUCAGGUGCCAUUUAGUGUGUGAAUACAACCAUGGUAUAGUAAUUUAUAAGCUAUGUAAAUGAAAGUGCGAAAAUGCGCGUGCCUGAAAGGGCUCCUAACAGAAACAGAUAAAUUUACAGGCGCAUUUCAACGAGUUAUAGUCGGGAAAACUAUGUCGCACUUUUUUGUAUCUGCACGUGUUGAAAUUGCUAGCACAGGAAGAAUACUACCUUGGGCAAAUGGAA